ACCCUUGAGAUGACGACGCUCUUCCUGACUGUCAGCUUCUGUCUUGUUGCUGCCCUGCAGGCCCAGGACGUCUCGCCCCUUACUUUGAAUAAUGAGAACUCUUCUGGGAAGUGGUUCGUGAAGGCCUUGGCGAUGAAAGAUGAGAUCCCGAUAGAGAAGGUCUCUCCCUUACUUGUCUUAAAGCUGAGCAACGGGGACAUGGAGCUCUCUCUCACACAUAUGAUCUAUGGCCAGUGUCUUGAAGUGACCACCAUCUUGAAGAAAACUGAUGUGCCGGGCCAGUACACUGCCUUUGAGGGGAAGAGCCAUGUGCAGGUGCAGCUGUCUUCUGUGAAGAACCACUGCAUGCUCUACUGUGACGGGGAGGUGGACGGAAUGAGCUUCACAGUGACCCAGCUCAUAGGGAGGGACCCGGAGGAAAACCUGGAGGCCUUGGAGGAAUUUAAGGAGUUCACACAGCAAAAGAGACUUGUACCAGAGAACCUGAUCAUACCUGAGCAGAUGGAAAAAUGUGAACCGGAGAAUGAUUAGGAGCAUGGUGAGCCAAGGCUACAAAGAAGCCAAGGCAGCAGCACCAGAAUGUCUGCCCUGUGGGACAUGGAAAGAGUGCCCUGCUAGCCCAGCCAUCUUCU